AUGAAAAUAGAAAAAAAGUUGAACUUAAAAUCAAAAAUUUGUAUUACUAUGUCAUUACUCAAUGAAACCACAACACCAACUAAAUUAAGUAAGAAAAAGAAAAGUAUUUUCAAUUCAGAUUGUAUCACAUUUACACCUAUUGGUAGUAGUUCUUCAACCCCUCGAAGAGAAUCUAUUCUUAGUUCGUUACCGAAUGAUGAACUUAAAGAAGUUAGUAUCGAAAGUGUUAUCAGUGAAUUAUAUUUUGAUCAAUUAACAUUAACUACAUCAAUAGUUCAUAUCAUAAAUAUUAAUUUACCAAAAACACAUAUUGUAUUACAUAAAUUUAUGCAUGAAUUAAAUGAAUUAGAUAAAUAUGUUACAGCAGUAUAUGGAAUAACUGCACCUUAUUUACCAAAGAAAUCUUUUUAUCCAUUACAUAAUGAAGAAAUAACACAAUAUUUACAAGAAGUUAUUUGUCUUGAUAAAUUUUUUGAUUCAAUUUAUGUAAAAGAAUUCUUUCGUGAAAAUCAUCAAAUAUCACAGUGUAUGUCUUUACAUCACCCUCAAAUGUCAGGUGUGUUAAUGAAAGAAGGAUAUCUUUUAAAACGAUGGAAAGAACGUUUUGUAGUAGUAAAAAAUUCAUAUUUAUUUUAUUUUGUUAGUGAAAAAAGUAUGGUAAGACUAGAACAACCACGUUGUAUCGUUUCAUUAUCAGGCGCUAUUCUAUCAACAAAUGGAUUAGUUAUUAAAAUUACUACUAAAGAACGUCAAUCCUUUAAUUUUUCUUGUACUGAUGAGACAACACUUAAUCAAUGGCUUGUUGCUCUUAAUGCAGUUAUUUGUUUUAAACCAUCCCCACAAAAACAACAAAGAAUGACAAAAAAAUAUACAUUACUUGGAGUUGAUGAACUUAGCACACCAAUACAAUCAACUAAAGAAAAUAAACCUGUUACUCCUCGAAGAAGUACAGAAUUUCUUAUUUCAAGAGUAAAUUGUUUGAAAGAUGAAGCAGAUAAAAUAAUUGAAUCGUAUGAACACCAACCAGAUAAAGAAAGCCUUGUAAUGGUAUUAAAACAAUUUAAACAAAUUCAAUCAGUCGAUUUAUCAUCUACGUCUCUCAUUGAUUAUUAUAAUAGUAAAAUUGUGCAAUUUGGAGAUGACCCUCUACUUUUUAGGUUUCUUCAAAUCUUUAAAGAAAUACGUGAAUUAAGUGGAAUGCGUCCAAAUGUACCUAAAUUAUGUACCUCUCCUUUAGGAAGAUAUAGUCUUCAACCAAAGUCUUCUUGUUCAUCAUCACAAACAAGUCCAAGAAAUUUAACAUCUCAAAUUACUACCCAAUGUCGGUUAUGUAAUAAUACUUAUUAUGUUGAUGAAUUAACUAAACAUUCUUAUUAUUGUAAGUUAUGCAAUGAAAUUUGUCUUAAACAAACUACUUGUAAAACAAGAUUAUUGGCUAUUGCUGAAGAGAUUAAUAAACAAAAAAGAUAUCACAAAGGAAGUAUUGAAUAUUCUUGUCUUGCAGAAAAAGCUUUAAAAUGUUCACAAAUCGAAGUUAUUAAUCAAAAUAAUAUUGAUUAUAUGAAUGACGCAGAACAAUUAUUAGAACGAAGUAUUAAUCAAAAAAAUGAUGUUUGUUAUAAAACAUUCGCACUUAUUGUAAUUAAAUUAAUUAAAUUAAGAAGACAAAUGUUCAUUAAUAUAUUAAAAGGUGAUUAUGGAGAGAAUGGUAACAUGUGGGAAUUUCUUUCUGUUGUUAGUAAUGAAUUAGUAAUUGAAGAUCCUCAAUCAAAAUGGCAACAAGUUGGAUUAGAUGAUUUUGAGGUUAUUAAAAAAUUCAGUGAAGGGGCAUACUCAAAAUUAUAUCUUGUAAAAAAGAAAACUACUGGAGAUGUUUAUGCAAUGAAAGUAAGUAAGAAAUCAGAUAUGAAAAGAAAAAAUGUUAUUGAUGGUGUUUUAGCAGAGAAGAAAAUUUUACAAUUAUCUAAUACUAGGAGUGUUGUUAAAUUGUAUUAUGCAUUUCAAGAUAGUAGUAAUUUGUUUCUUGUAAUGGAAUAUUGUCCUGGAGGAGAUUUAAGAUGUAUUUUAAGAAAUCUUAAUUAUCUUGAAGAAAGUGUAGUAAGAAUAUAUACUGCUGAAAUUGUUUUAGCAUUGGAAUAUAUUCAUUCGUUAGGGUGUAUUCAUAGAGACCUUAAACCUGAUAAUGUGUUAAUUGAUAAAAAUGGUCAUUUAUUAUUAACUGAUUUUGGGUUAUCAGUUGUUGGGUUAUGUAAUGAACAACAUGGAAUUAAAGAAUCUAGAUUAUUAUGUACACCUGACUAUGUAGCUCCAGAAUCAUUAAGAGAUUAUUACUAUUGUCAAGCAAGUGAUUAUUUUAGUUUAGGGUGUAUGGUUUAUGAAAUGCUUUUAGGAAUACCUCCAUUUCAUUGUGAUUCACCAAAUCAAAUCUUUGAAUUAAUUAAAGAAGGGAUAUAUGAUUGGCCUGAAGACGUCAAUAUUAGUGAAGAGUGUAAAGAUUUUGUUAAUGGAUUACUUACUGUUGAUUAUAAUCAACGUCUAGGAGCUAAAAGUAUAGAUGAAAUAAAAAAUCACAAAUGGAUGAAACCAAUUUCAUUUGAUAGUUUAUUGAGUGAAAGUAGAGAAGAUAUAUUCGUUCCCGAAUUAGAAAAUGAAUUAGACACUGGCUAUUUUGAUAUUGAUGUUGAUAGAAACAAUACCUUAAUUAAGGAUGAAGAUUGGACUGGAGAUAACACAUUCUAUUCAUUUGACUGUGUUAAUACUAAUCAAGUAAUUGACCAAAAUAUUGAAAUUGUUGAAAGAAGAAGUAGUGCAGUUAACCUUUGUGAUGACGAUGAUGAAAGUUCACAAGAAACAACAAGUGAACAAGACGAUAACAAUAAUGAUAUGACCCGUUCAAUGAGUAUGUUUAACUUCCAUCAUAAAUAA